GUUUUGAGUCCAUCAUCGUUAUUUGUACAGUUCUGAAGCCCGGAACUGUGUGAUGGGCUUCUUAUAAGCGAUCGUCUUUUAAAAUCAACUUGGAACUGCCUCCUCCCCUCAAGCGGCUCCCUCACAUCAACAACAAACCGUCAGCCGUCGCAGUGGGUAGAUAUGUCCUUUAGGGGACGAGGACGAGGGCGGGGAAGGGGAUUUGGUGGGCGUGGCUUUGGUGGGUACGUACCGCCAGAACCCUUUGUGCUUUUCCCUGAUAUUGAACUACCUGAUGUAAAAGCUGUGCCUGAAGAGAAAAUCUUAGUCGUUUGGAAUUCAAGGUUGCUAAACUAUUGGAAAGCCUCUCCUUACUAUCUUGAAGAACAUGUUUCAAAGAAAAGCCAGAGUAUGGAUAUUGAAAGAUUUUCUGACUGGGGGAAGCCAAAGAACACCUCAAAACGUGAUAGCCUUAACCAGGUUCUACAACUCCAAUCUCAUAAUUUUCCUAAAGAAUUGAUUGGAGAUUCAAAGAGAGCGCAGCGAAGUGCCAAAAGAAUGCGAUGGAAUCUAGACUCAGGCCUGGAGAAAUUGGAUGUGUUUGAGAAAUUUGAAAAGGAUGGAGACAAAGAAGGAAAGGAGAAAGGUGAUGGAGAAGAAGAAAAUUCAGAUGAAGAACAGGGAGCACAGUCUGACGAAUCAUACAGCGAUGAUGGAGAUUAUAAUGAGAAUGAACAUUUCGAUGAUGAUGAAGAUGAUUAUAACAUAGAAGAUGACCAUGAUGAUGAACCUAUAUAUUAGUUGCUCUUCAAUUGGAAUGGUGGACUUUUUGAAGUUCACUCAGGCAAGACAAGGUGCCUGCUGGUGGCAUGAUGGUCGCCCGCCAUAGUACCUGCAUCGCGCAGUGCGGUACACUAGUAUUAGUUCAAAAUAAAUAUACCAUGCUUUCGUAACCUGUUUAGUUACCUUGUAUAUUUCACCAUAACAGCACAUUAGAUACAUGGAACGCAUGCUAAAGAGCAAACUCCAAAUUGACUAUAUAUAUUGUUAAAUUAACUUUUUGUACUCUUCA